CACGCAGCCACCCCCACUCUGUAGCUAGCUACCGCGGCAACAGGCCGGCCGGGCAUGCGCCGAUGCACGCGCCCUCCCUCUCCCUAGGGUAAAACUUGAAGAGACCACGACGCCGGCGGCCGGCCAGUGCCCAGUGGCCACGAGGCACGACGGCUUGCAGACCAAGGAGAGCAUGCUGGUCUCCGGCGGCGGCUCGGCGCCCGGCGUCGGAGACGGCGACAGGGUCUCAGCAUCCUCCACUUCCUCUACGCUCCCAUCCUCCGGACGUGAGGCUGGUGAGGUCUGGGCGGCGGGAGAUGUUCCUCGGUGCAGGCAUUCGGCGCCCGUCAUUUUGACAUCGCCGGAUCCACUUCAAGGUCUGAGGAAGGAGGGCAACGGCUCGCGCUUCUGGAUGUCGCAGGACGGCGAGAGCUCUGAGGACGACGGGGAUUUCGCUUCAUCGCCUUCAUCGGGUGAUCUUCAGGGGGACAUACUGGGCAAGAUUCUGGUCGCUGUUGUCUGAAGAGGAAGCGAGAAACAACAUGAAAAACAAUUGCCAAAGAGUGGAAGGACUGGUGAUGGAGCUGUAUACCGGUGGUGGUUGGAAUUUUAGGAGCAGGAUAGCUAUCUAAGAGUUUCUUGCCUGCUGUUUUGCUGUAAUGUCCUGGCUCAGUCCAGUAAACACUUGUGGGUUUUUCUUUAAGUUAAGCUAUGCUUUGUCAGCCUGUGUGCUGCCUUGACUCUUGUUGCCUGUAGUCAUUCGCAUGUGAAUGAUCAAGGCCGGAAUUUUCCAUAUUCUAAAAAAAAAGCUAGGAAUAGUAAUUAACCAA